AUGUCGAACAUAUUGGAUCAGGAGUUAGAAAAAAUGGAGUUGCCAAAUCCGGGCGUAAAAUGGGUGGAGUACUGCAGCUUUGCAUUGGGCAUCAAUAUGGCGCCCCGGAAGCGAACCUCUCGAUACUGUGGAUUCUUUCGCAUAUUGGCAUAUUUGAUGAAUUUUUAUCUUACGUGGGGCCUUAUAAACUUUGUUCUUAAAAAUUAUAUGGUGUCCUUUCAAGCCUAUGUGGAGCCUAUGAUAAUUUGCUUUCAAAUAAUUAUGAACAUAGUCAAAACUACGUAUUUUCACUAUCAUCUCGACGUCUGUACAGAUUUAAUGCGGAUCUCAGAAACGUGUGAUAUCUUGAAGAACUUGGGUAUAUUUGAUGUGGUUUUAACCAACAAUCAAGUCUUGUGCAAGGCAUUGAUGACAAAGAUAAGAGAUAGCUGGAAAAGUAUUAAUAGUCAGGUUAUGUUCUUCUUCAGAAUCGUUUCAUUGCCAGUUAUUUUUUAUUGCGCAAGACCCUAUGUGCUAUAUGUAUACGAUUGUUAUGUUGCGCGAAAUAUUUGUAAAAUUACUACAACAUAUCCCGCCAUAAUGCCCUUCGUUCAAGUUGGCAAUCAUGAAUAUCCUUCUUUCACUGUGCGUUUUUUUGUGGAGCAAUCUGGACCCCCCUAUUGUUUUUUCAAUGUCUUUGGCUUCAAUAGUCUCUUUGUUGUGCUCACAAAUCAUGAGGUUUGCCUCUUUGAGCUGCUGCGAGAUUUGAUAAAAAAUUCGACAAAUGAUGAAAUCGUACCCAAAACAUCGAGAGUUUCAUAUUUGCGUUGCUGUGCCAAGCUUUUUGCCCGACUAUCCAGACAUCAUGCCCAGGUUGACAAUCUUUUCAGCUCUAUUGUUUUAGUACAGUGCGUGGUCAGCACAUUUUUUUUGUGCACGCUGCUUUAUAAUAUUAUGCUAGUUGAUUGGUCCAAGUUGUUUCCAAUAUUUGUUUACUUUUUGACAAUUCUUUUCGAAAUCAGUUUAUAUAAUGUCAAUGCGCAGAGGUUGGAGACACAGAGUGAACUGUUAUUUCACGAGUGGUACAACUGCGCAUGGUACAACGAAUCGAAGGACUUUAAGCUUAUCAUUCGACUAAUGCUGCUUUUUUCGAUGCGAACCUUUCAACUAAGUGUCGGCGGCUUUUCGAAAUUAUCCAAUCAGUUGCUAGUUCAGGUGUUUCGGUUGAGUGGCAAUUUCUAUUUGCUGUUGCGCAAUAUGAAUAACAAAUAA